AUGAGAGGCAUCAAGGCAGUCGUCGUUGGCGAUGGAGGCGUAGGAAAAACGUGUCUUUUGAUCUCGUACACGACCAACACUUUCCCUAAUGACUACAUUCCCACGGUUUUUGAUAAUUACUCGGCCUCGGUGAUGGUGGACGGAGAGCCCAUAAAACUAGGUCUCUGGGAUACUGCUGGCCAGGCCGAGUACGAUCGUUUGAGACCGCUCUCGUAUCCACAAACAGAGAUAUUUUUAUGCUGUUUUUCUGUGGUGAAUCCGGACUCAUUUCAAAACGUCAAGGCAAAAUGGAUCCCGGAGAUCUUGCACCAUUCGCCCAAGGAUAUUCUCAUUGUGCUAGUGGGCACAAAGGCCGACUUGAGAGAGGAUUUGCAUUUGCUCGACGAGUUGGCAAUCAAGAAACAAAAACCCAUCUCUCAAGAACAGGCAGAAAAAUUGGCCAGGGAAGUGGGCGCCAUUCGCUAUAUUGAGUGCUCGGCUGCUACGCAGCAAGGAGUGUCUGAGCUUUUUGAUUAUGCUAUAAGGGCCGUUUUAAACCCCCCAACUAAAGCUUCAGAUACUAUUACUUCAACGAAGGAGGCUGCCACCAGCUCCAACACCAGCACGCAGCUAGAAAGUGGAAAAAAGCGUAAGGUCCGCAAGGCAAAGAAAUGCUCCAUCUUGUAG